AUGUUUCUUUGGCUCGUCUGCUUGUUCUUUCAACUGGUCCCCGGUAAUUGACGUUGAAAUGCAUUCAUGAUCAUGAUUUGCUUUAUAAUGAAUAUCUCAUAAUCCACCCAGUCAUUUGCCGGGCAAAAUCAGUCGAAUUUUAAAGUUUAUAUGGAAGACAUUUCCGACUAAAAGGAGGCACACUAAAUUUACGUCCCUUUUUGAACAUAAGUUUGCACCACGAAGUGUCAGGACUUUAAAAAGCCCUGGUCUGCGCUUUAUAUGCCGGACAAUAUUAGUGCUUUGGCGGCCUGAUCAGUGUACACCGGUGUACACCGGUGCGGCCGCAAUUAAUAGUCACCCUGCCAGCACUUGGCCCCCUCUUGAAAGGGGCCAAGAAGCGGCUAUGAGGGGGCCAGCCCCCUCGAAGUUUUCUCGUCGGUAAUGCAGUUUACUGCAGUAAACUCGAUACUGAUGAACAAAAGGACACCAAAAUGACUGCUUCUGGCUGAAUCACUUUUACGAUUCCUAGUGACGGCUGGCAUUUAUACACUUGUUUCCUUCCAGGAGACAAAAAGAACCAUCAAUUAUAAAGUUAGCUCAUUUCCGACCCAUAUCCCCAUCCAUUCUUAAUUUAUUUGUUUAGAAACCAAUUUUUCGUUCGAUCAUUAAUAUUAUCGACAACUAAAACGUGCUUCAAUGGGAUCACCCAUAUCUGGCUUUCUUACCGAGUUGACAAUGCGGAAACUGCGAUCUGUCGCUCUCCAAUUAGUCAAUCUUCAGUUGUGGGUACGAUACUUAGACGAAACAUUUGUCGUCCUUAAAACAAACCAACUGGAAAUACUUCACAGCCUCAUCAACUCAGCCAUUCCGGAAAUUAAAUUCACGCUCGAAAGACAAGUUGACAAUAAACUCCCAUUUCUGGAUGUUUUCCUACAGCGUAAAACUGACAGAACAUUACACACGUCCGUUUACCGCAAAGAAGCAUAUGCAAAAAUAUUUCUACACUAUGAGAGCAACAGCCCAAUCUCUCACAAGCGAGUACUGUCAAAAGUCUGCUACAUCAAGCAAAAACACAUUGCUCUGAUUAAAAAGCUGCCGAAUUGAACUAAACUACCUGCUUUAAUUAAUUUCCCAGUAUGGUUACCCUUGAGAUUUCGUACGUCGGUGCACGAGACAAUAAGAGACAAAAAUAAGGGAACCAGAUGGUUCCAAAAAGGCGUCCAAAGUAAACACUUGGCAAAUCCUUCCUUACAUGAGGAAUGUGCCUGAACUUGAAACAUGUCCCAUCUGAGUGGAUUGCUUCUAGGAAUCACGACCCGUCCGUAUUGGCCAAUCCGAAUGUUUUCCCACGUAAAUUUGUACCUGGUGACCAGUGUGUCUAUGGACAUUUCUCCGCCGCUGAGUGAUGUUCGUAUAUACGCGUUAGGACGGAUACCCGGUGAAGCCGCAGUGGACGGUAUCACAAAGGGCACAUGAGAUUUCGCAGACAACUCCUCUUCUACAGAGGUAGCCAACCCUGUCUUUAGGGUGUAUAGGCUGUUUGUAUACGUUAGUUGCUGGUUGAUGUGCUACACGUAUCUGACAUUGUUAGCAGUCUUUCGACUGCAUAUAUGCACUUUCCAAAGAUGUUGGACGACCCCUGAACAUACUACUGCGGUAAACUGAUGUUUGAAGUGUUCCAUCGAUUGUCCGCUUACAAAGACAUCCAGGGAUUGAAUUUGUCUACCAACUUUCAUUUUAAAAGUAAACGUGAUCCCUGGGAAUAUAAAUUUAAGACUUGUAUGAGGUAUAUUUAACCGUUUUUCCUGAAAACGUGGUGUGUCGUAUUUGGGCCAGGUCGUGCCUGUAGCACGAGCAGCCGGGCCCUUUAUCUAUUUCAGCCAAUGCGUCGAACCCCCGCGUCGUUUGUUUGAGUGACUCGGUCGGGAACUGGUGUCAGGAAGAUUGAAGGGAAAAUGAGGUCUACUCCACCAGCGCAUUUUCCCUACUACCAGCAGUCUAACGCGCUUGAAUAUAUUACUUGGCGCCAAAUGCGGUAACUUGGACAGCUGCCAACUUACAAGAUAGCUCGGCCUUCCUCCCAGGACGAAGAUUCAGGCCACAGUGUCUUAUUAUUUAUCUCGCCUUUAUGACAUUCCCACUAAGCAAGUUAGGAUCCGAGCCGCUCCGUUGUUUAAGUGAAAACCCGGUCCUAUGUGUGCGGACCAGGUGGAAACCACCGCGUCCGAUUCCGCUUGCGGUCUUCUUGACUCCGAUCUUGGAUGGGUGGGAAGGGAGUGAGUGCGGCAGGUGCGACGCAAGUAUACUAUCACUCUGAACUAGCUCACUCACAAGUCUCCGUCUCUGCGUUCAUCAUGCUGUGGGGCACACGAUGAACAUCAUCGGUAACGACGGUUGAAAUGUUAUACACGUAUGCGCAAGAUGGAUAUCAACGACGACGAAGGAUUCUGGAGUAGUCAUCUGUUGCUUGCCAGUUUCUGUCAGACAGCAAUAUUUCAACUUCCGACCUGAAUAACCGCGCUCCGAAUGCAGACCCCUCGUAAUUAACUACUAGGUCAGGGUUGUCAGAUUAAUAAGUCAGAAAUGGAGCUUAAGGCCUUCCUUGAUGGGUACCAGUGUCAUGUUAAACCCGGCAAACUGCACCGAAUGUACAAUGUUGAUGGUAGAACGUCAAUAACCAUCUGCCCUAAAAACCCACUGAACCAGUAUAUUAAAAAGUGCUGAAGUGCCUGGCGGAAAGAAAUUAAUCCCAGCAAUUCUCAGCGAAUUUCCGCAAAAGAACGGAAUGGUAAGUGCCAAAAUAUAUGAACGCGUUUAGGUUCGAAAUUGGUGUUUGACUAUGUUCGAUGCUCCCUUUGCUUGGUGCGCCAAACCCUCUAACCUCUAAGUGAUUAGCACACUAGUUCCGUGUACUCAAGAACGUUGAAAUCUCAAGUUAUAUUUCAGAACAGUUCCUGGACAAAGAAGAAGAGUCAUUCGUAGCAGACAAGUUAAUGAUAUCAUCUGAAGUGGCCUCUUCUUACCUCUAUUCUGCUGAAUUGAUGAAAACUCGCAAUGUGGUACUUCAAAAGCAAAGUAGAUAUGCCACAUCAUAUAAUUUAAACAGAAAUUUUGAAGUGUACUUUCGAUUCAAAAGAUCAUUUGAGUGGAUUUGUAAUAUUAAUUAUCGAUCAACACAAUCGUAAGACAUUUCAGUCACACCAAGAUGCCGGAUUUUGAAUGAAUUUCUUCUCAGUCUUUUGCGAAGAUUACACCCCGUAAAAAUGACCACUUAAGAAGUGUGAUCUUUUCAAUUGGUUUUCGAUGGUCUUAUAAAUUCAAAUGUAGUCUAUGGAAAAGUGCACAAAAAAAUAUCUUAUUCUACUAAUUUGAUAGCAAAUUACGUCUCCUUUAAACUUUGUAUUUAAAAAAGAUUACCUUCCGGUUUUUAAAGACUUUUUAAGUUUUCGAAGAAUUUUUAAACCCAGCUAGUCAUCGAAUUUGCAUCCGGGGUUUUCAAACCAAAUGUUGUAUUUAGUACGUCAGAGGAACAUCAAACACCCUCCAGGCAGCUGGGAAGAGGUCAUAUAGAACUUAUGAAAUUGUGCAAUGUAUGUGUAGCAGGUUGUACACUGCAAGAGCAGCAUUAGUAAGCGUGAGGAUGCGAUGCCGUCUGAAUGUAAGUGUCACGGUCCUGAGAAAGUACAUAACAAGGAACUUUUAAGAAGACAAAAAUGCCCCUUUUUAAGUGUAAAAUCUAAAGUUGACGCAAUUUCCUACCAAAUGAGCGCAAGAAAAUUAUUCUUCUUCGUAUUUUUCUAAGAUAUACUUCAAUGUUUGAGGACUUUGAAAAUCCAUGUAAGAAUUUGUACUAUUUAAGCGGUCAUUUUUUACAGACCGCUGAAAAGAUGCUCUUUCAGAAGCCGGCAUCCUGAUGUGAAUGAAAUAUUUUGGAAUUAUGCCGCACGAUCAUUGCUAUUGCAACCUUAUUUGACUAGUCUUUUCAGAUUGAAAACAUACUUCAGAAUAUCGGUUAACGUUCCAUGAGAUAGCACAUCCACUGUAAAUCUCAGAUGUUCCUGACUAUGCACCCUUUAAACUCCUAAACAUCCGUCCAGGAACCAACGUAUUCGUCGUCAAUGAAAAUCCUCAGAAAAUAAACAUUUUUCCGUAUGAGACUACUCGUAAUUGGCUUUCUACUAGAAGCCAUGCUGCAAAAGCCGCAACUCUUCCAGCAAUAAACUCAAAAUUGGCAUUCCGCAGUGCAGAUAGUGCAUGUGCGGUCGUCAAGACAAAUGUGAUAAAAACGGUCCAUAGUAAUUUCGGCCCCACGUUUGUAGAAAUUGAAUAUAUUCUGGAAACUGAGGUUGAUGGACACCUAUCAUUGCCUCAUGUUCACAUAAGUUGGGAAGCUGAUGGACCCUAGCAUACGUUAGUUGGCCACAAAGACACAUCUUAUGAUGUCAUCCUACUUUACGGGGCUUUGUCAGCAGCUCGAUAAGUUGGAUCAAAACCCAGUGCAGCGACGAAGAAAACCAUUGAGCAGAAACAGAAGCGCUUUUCACAUUUUCCCCGUAGUGUAUGCCCUCUCGAUUUUGGGUAUGUAUACAUAAGGCGCAAAAAGUCUCCCGUUUGACGAACGUGCAUUUGUACAUUCCCCAAACAAGCUUUAAUGAUUGUACUGGUGGGCAGAGUGGACACCUUUUCAGUUUUUGAGAAGUUUUCGUUCCCAAACAAGGGACCACGCCUGCAACCAAGGUCAGGUGCCAACCCGGGUCGAUGUAAGUCAGAAGUGCCGGCUCUUGGGAAUCAUACAAUCUCAUUCUUGCUUCCUUAGAACAGCCAUGUCUUUUUCUUUCUAACUUCAGUAUUCGGUUCCUUCUUAUGCACUGUACUAGGGUAUCCUGACAGUUUACGCCGUUCGUGUAGUUUUGACACUUCGUCUUUUGUUAAGCCAAAUUGCAGGAAUUUUUUUGCCAUUGUGCUCUUCGUAAUCCAGACUUAAUUGUUUUCAUACACUCGACACUCACCUUCCUGCUCUAUCCUCUACCCUUAAUCGGGUGAUUUUUAGACAUGCCCGUUUUCCCUCUAGUGUUUUUGUACCACGUUUGGUGUUUUUUUUAUUUAUUUUUUCCCAGUUGAUACCAUAGUAUGACCUAAUUUUACAACAAUCCGACACUUUGUUGCUUAAGUUUCAUGGUCGUUGUCCGCCCCUUUAUUUGGAUCCAGUUACUCGGAAGUUGAUCCACUUUUGCUUUAUACCAGAUAUUUCCGCUCAUUUUCCUGAGUAUUUCGAUUGAUUAUUACAAAAAUCAACCCUCUCCUGGCCCUCCUCCUUCCCGUUCUGUUUUUUUCCAGUUUCUGCCGCCGAUGAUGCCGUCCGUAAAUUGUACCAUUUUUUAACCACGAAGGAGAACUACAGUCCAUUUGUGCGACCUGUGCUGCAGCACGAAUCGGCCGUGCUUCUGUUCAUGAAUCUCACUCUCGUUCAAAUUCUGGAUGUUGUAAGUCUCCGCACCCACCCGGCUGUGAAUAGUCUUCAUUAAGCUCUACUACUGAUAAUCAGAUAUUAAAAAACAAUAAAAACACGCAGUCACGAGUUAUCAUGUUUCGUAUGCAUAUCCAGAACAAAGAAUAGAAGGUGUACAGGUGCAUUAGGCAUGAGUAGUUUCCCCUUAGGUAUUUAUAUACAUGCAUAUUAACAACAUUUUGUUUUUGUCUCAUAGGAUGAAAAAAGGCAAAUUAUUGUUUUGAACGCCUGGGUGAAUCUUGUAAGUCGCUUGUUCGACCAUUUUGAGUUUAUUAUUUUCUGAUAGGACUGAAGGUGAAAAAGGAGACACGACCGCUGGGACAAAAGCUUUACUCGCCUGACGUUUCGGAUUCCUGCUUGAACCUAUCGUCAGAGACAAAAGAAGAUACCCGUAUCUCCUUUUGUGUCUGAUGAUUGGUUCGAGCAGUAAUCCGAAAUGUCAAGCGAGUAAAGCUCUUGUCUUAGCGAUCGGGUCUUCUUCUUCAUGACUGCUUCCUGGGACUCGUCUCUUCGUUUCUAUUACAACUGAAGGCCUCGUAAAGGCGUUUGGCCGAAGUGGUUGGAAAAGUUGCAUGCAAACAAAAUGAUCAAUGAGUGAACAUUGCAGUCACUGCUUAGACGUGAAACGACCACAAGUGUGUUCGAAAAUUCCCCCGGAAGGUUUUCUUUCGAUAAACGACAUGUCAGCGAAGACAAUGCGGGCUCUUGUCAUCGUGUACUCAUACGUAGAAACGACUUGUUUUAUACCAAACUCAUUGAGCUCAGAAGGGAAAUAUCAAAUAACCGUCCUUUUUGAAACAUGGAUACACAGCAGAAUUUAUUGGUACCAACAAACUUCGUGACGGCUUAUCAAGCGUAACCUGUCACUGCAUAACAGAGAUAACGGAUGAGGAAUAUGUAGAAAUUUGAAUUUCCACAGAAAAAAUCAAUGCAAAACAGCAAAAUUAUAUAUCUCGGCUUGCAUAUGUUUGUCCCACGACGACGUAGAUUGGCACCCAUUUGUUACACAUGUUUUUGGAACUUUUCUACCUUUAUUCUCCAAAAUUAGCCUGUGACGGAAACUGUGGCUGCCACUUUUCUUGCAGGAGGCUAAAUGCUCAAAUAACCGCAGAGGGGGAUUUGAGUAACUUUUACUAAACUUUCUUCUGGAUAAUUAGUUCGGGGUAUAUCAUACCCUAAAAUAAACAAACUUUCCUCGCAAAGAUAUACUCUCUGAGUACACAAAUUACACUGAAUCCUACUACCGACAAAGGCAAGGGAGACUGGAAUGGCCAUUUCUGGUUUAUUAGCGGUCGCCAGCCAGCCACACCGCACACCGAAACGUGGAACACCUAGGGCUUGAUCCCGCGACCUGUUAAUUAGGAGUCCAACGCCUCUAAACACCGAGCCACGGGCUCGUUGUCCUGUCAGUUUAGAUCGGGGUUGGAUACGACUGGCUGGCGAAGGCUAAUAGGCCAGAAGUGACCAUUCCAGUCGCCCUUGUCUUUGUCGGUAAUAUCAUCCUGUCUAUGUCAUGCGCCGCUGUGCGGCUGCUGGGUGGGCUCGAGAGAGAAUCCGCAAGGCACGACGGGACGCGUGAGUUCCGUAAGAACGAUCGGUGAGCACCCCUUUACCACCAAAUUACACUUUCACUUAUUAACCUGCUCGUGGCGUUUUGCAAGGUUCUGAUCGACAGUCUUCCAAACGUCAAAGUCAAUCUUCGAGCGUCUUCUCUUCAAAAAUUAUUUAACUCCCAUUUAUACAGAUGGCUGGCACAUUUGAAUUUUUGUCCAGUUUGAAGUUAAAGUAGCUGGUGAGGUCAUCGUCCUCCUGCAUUUAACUAACAGAAAUACUCCAGUAAGCAUAUUCUAAACUAGUUUUCUGGUUGUGUGUGCUCCACACUUCUCGUUCCAAAAGGCAGAAUGUCAUCCUCAGGGCUGCCACAAUUCUUGUUAUUUCACCUAAACAGCUUAUCAUGCCAAAAUAUACAGACUUGGGAUAAGAAAGAACGGAAUAUAGUUCAGUCUUCACGGGCGACAAGCGGGGCUACAAAUCGGGGAACGGACACAGAAAAUCAGCAGCGAAUGACCAUAGGCUAUUUGCUAGUGUCCGUGUUGAGAUUUGGCGAAUAUACUCAUCAAUCUCAUGAAAUGGAGACCGAAAUUUUGAAACGCAUUUUCAGUUAGGAAGGAUUGAUCAAGUAGGGGUUGUAAUAUUGGUUAUCAUACGAUAUGACGCUUUCAUAUUUCGGACGCGCCAGGACGUUGGCUUCCGAAUCCACUCCUUUUCGAUUACCUGCAAUAACCGCACUCGGAAAAAUGACUACUUAGGUAGCAUGCACUUUCCCUAUUAGAUCUCACAGCCCUUAUAAAUUCAAAUGAAUUUUGUGGAAGACAUCUAUAAACAUUUAUUUUCUUUUAAUAAUUUGGUAGAAAAUUAGUUUUCUCCAAUUUUUAUACUUGAAAAAGGGUAUCUAUCGGCUUUGAAGGAGCUUCUAAUUCUGGAAUAAGUUUGAACUUGAUUUGCCGUUGCAUCUGAGCUUUGUGAGUGAAUGUAAAUGCUGCACAAGUUGGCCGCUCUAUUAACCAAUUCAUGCAUAAAUCGCCACUAUCGUACCUACUCCGUGGGACACACGGUAGAUGUUGUCGCUUGCGAUGAUCGGACUGUGAUGUAUCCACAUAUGUAUAUAUGUGCUGGAAAACGGGCAUCCCAAGAAAUUUAAUUGAAAAUAAGUAAGAUUCUUUGGGAAGAGAGUAACCUUUAGUGCGUAAAUUUUCGAGUCUAGUUCCCCUGCUCGUCGUCAGACCUUCGGGUUAUAUACAAAACAGUUAACUAUUUAACCGUGUCGAGCAGUGAAUUCUAUGGUUGGCAGAAGCCCGCGCCUCUGCGCGUAAAUGGUUUUUCGGCAUCCCCUCGGCAUUGGCUGCGUUCGCUUCUACUUGUCCUUGAGAAAUUUGUAUGUGGCAUCUAAGCAUAUGUGUAUAUGCUUACUGUGUUUAGGCAGUCCGAGAACAUUAUUUUAUUCAUUUAAGAACCUUUCAAUACUAUGAUUUUCCGCCUAUGCUUCAAAUUUUGCUUUAUUAACGUCCCACGAUGACACUUUCGAUGGAUGAAAUCAAUAACGAGCAUGAUAAAAUCUUUCAUUUCCGUACUCCUUCGCAGGACUGGAAGGAUCACAACUUUGUAUGGAAUCCUCUCGAGCACGGAAACGUCACCUCUCUUCACAUAUCUUCGCAAGACAUUUGGACUCCUGACCUAGUUCUCUACAACAAGUAAUUUUAAUGAAAAACCGCCUUGUCUUUUGAUUUACGGCAAACCUUGCAGGUUGACGGUAGCAUCCUAAAGAAUUACAUUGCUGUAUUUGUUAAAAUAGUGCCUUUCUGGUGUUCAGAUGCGCAUCGAAGCAGUCUCUAUACAAAGCGUCUUAUUGAAUGUGUCUGAGCAGUUUUUCAAUUUUAAAUCGAAUGCAUUUUACGAGUCCGACUUGUCGGCAAGACGUGAUGCAUCAAGAAGCCCCCUGACUGCGGGCCCCUUGAACCAAGUUAUGGUUUUGCGUAAAUACGAAGAAAUCUUCUCACUUGUUGGCAAUCAUAACUGUGUGAUAAUUCGCUCAUUAACUUCCAUGUGAAACCUGGAGGGAGAGUGGACAGACUCCUUUUUCUAGUCAACACCUUGUCUAAAAGUGCGGGUUCUGAAGAAGUGCUUGGACUUGGCGCACGCAUUCAUAAGUAAUUAACUGCUAACUAGCGAGAUGUUAGUUCACUCAAUUCUAAACCGCACCAUCCAACUGACCAUCCACCACCCCGGCAGUUUUCUUAAUGAGAUUUCACUUUACUUGCAUCUCGCUGUUGUUCCGUAACUUAGUCUUCUUAGGCCUUUCAGGUGUUCAGAUGCGCAUCAAAGUAGUCUCUAUGCCAAGCGUCUUAUCGAAUGUGUCUGAGCAGGUUUUCAAUUUUAACUCGAAUUGAGUCUGACUAGUCGUCAAGACGGGAUGCAUCAAGAAGCACCGUGACUGCGGACCCAUUGAAUCAGGUUAUGGCUUUACCUAAAUACGAAUAAAUCUUCUCACUUGUUGGCAUCCAUAACUGUGUGAUAUUCCGCUCAUCAAUUUCCAUGGGAAACCUAGAGGGAGAGUGGACAGACUCCUUUUUCUAACCAACACCUUGUCUAAGAGUGCGGAUUCUGAAGAGGAGCUUGGGCUUGACGUACUCAUUCAUAAAUAAUUUACUACUGCCAAAUAACGAGAUUUUAGUCCACCUAACUCUAGACCACACCAUCCUGAAGUUUUUCUAAUGAGAUUUCACUUUACUUGCACCUCGCUGUUGUUCCGUUACUUACUCUUCUUAGGUCUCUGCGUGUUGAUUUGCCUGUAUAAAGAUGCCUAGCAAACUGAUCUGCUUUUUUUGAUGGUUGCCUCCGUUUUCGCCCGGAUGUUUUGAUCGCGCAAACAUUCUUAUCCGUUAUCACUGCCGUUUAAAUAGUCGUGGUUCAUAAAAAUAAUAUUUGUCUAAUUUCUAGAUGUCUUGACAUAUUUAAAUACUAACACUUUCACACUCUUCAUACUUUUUAUUUUGUUGCAACGGCUUGCUCCUACUAUUUUCUGCUGAAUACCAUCCUUCUUCACCACGCCUCAGUUGUCAUGCAGUCGGGUGCUCGGGUUCUGAUCGUUCUGACUUGAUGGUGCCGAAGUCGCCUGAUCGUUAUAUCCCGAACAGCAUAUAAACAAAACAUGAACGCUGACCUAACUGAUAGGUUAUAAUAUCCAGAUCCUCGAUGUAAGUACCAAUCAUAAUUCAAGUUCUAGACGUUGUUUAACAUACUACGGCCCUUAGGAGAGAAUAUUCAGAAAACGAAUCCAUAUUGACGUAAAAGUGGUCCCGGUUUCUUUCAUGUUUAUUUUCAUGGCUUCUCCCUUCAGUGCUGGUGGAGAUUGGGAUUUGGCUGGUUCUUCCACAACCAAGGUCUUCGUCAGCUACGACGGUACUAUUGUCUGGCGACCGCCCAUCAUCUUCAAGAGUCAGUGCGAGAUCGAUGUGGAGUACUUUCCUUUCGAUAAGCAAAAUUGCUCUAUGAAGAUUGGUGCAUGGACCUACGAUGGCUUGCUCAUUGAUCUGCGUCAUACCAGUCAGAAGACCAACAUUCAGACAACGUUCGACAAUUGUCGCAGCCACAUCGACUACGCUAUCGAUCUCUCGCAGUUCACGGAUGAUGUGGAGUGGGAUCUGACCAGUGUCUCUGCCCGCCGUAAUGUGGAGUUCUAUCCGUGCUGUACUCCGCCCUACCUCGACAUAACCUUCUACCUCGGCAUGCGACGGAAACCCCUCUUUUUCGGGGUCAAUCUAAUAUGCCCCUGCAUAUCCAUUUCCGUCCUCACCGUGCUUGUUUUCUACCUGCCAGUAGACAGUCGCGAGAAGAUCUCCCUCAGCACCUCCAUUCUGAUCGCUCUGACGGUUUUCUUUCUGCUCGUAUUCGAGAUCUCUCCACCCACCAGUCUGGUCGUGCCACUCAUUGUCAAGUUCCUGCUCUUCACUAUGGUCCUCAUCAUCUUCUCCACCAUCGCCACAAUUUUGGUGUUGAACAUUCACACCCGCUCACCCGACACACACACCAUUUCGCCCUGGGUCCGACGGGUCUUUAUUGAAUUUCUGCCCAAAAUCCUGUUUAUCAAGGCGCUGGAGAGGAGCACAAAGUCGUUGGUAAGUGGGGACUGAAAUGGCAUAUAAUUACUGUGUAUAGUUACCAGAAAGUGCCUGCCUGCCUGCCUCUUUGUAGUCACCGGCCUAGCGGAUACGGCCCGAAGUCACUUAUACACUUCACCAUAUAGAUGAUAAAUUCCCAUUCAACCGAUGCUAAAAGAGCACCAACAUCUUGCUAGUUAUACAUCUUUACAGAAAAAAGUGCUGACAGGGGAAAGAGAGGCUGGGAUGACCAUUUCUGGCUUAUUAGCCAGGACAAGCAUGUCCGUAAUCCGAUUGGUGGACAAAAUUUCAUCGUAGUUAAUAUUACCAAUCGCAACCGACAGAACGAGGGGCCUGUGGUUCAAUGUGAGAACGUCUGGAGUAACGUUCAGCAGCCCAAAAAUCUGCAUUCGAAUGUUGGGCUAUGCAAACCUCGGGUUGGGUAUGGCUGGCUGACGACAGCUAAUAAGUCAGAAGUGUUCGCCCUAGUCUCUCUUGUAAUAAUUCUUUACGCCCUUCUCUGGAUAUGCUACUGGUAGCCAUGGGACUACCUUCGUGGGUUUCGGACCGAACCCAAAAGCACAACCAGGCGAGCAUGCCUCGUAAUCUGAUUCGUGGGCGCAAUUAUCGCGAUGGUUGACCACUUAACUUGAAUAUACGCCAAGGCUUCAACAGAAAUGUGUUGCCAACCUACUCGGAACCUUAAAAAAAUGCAAAAUGAACACAGCGGUCUAUGUUUUGGAAAUCGACUCAUUGAUUUUGCGUUCAAGAAGUCAUCCUGGCCAGGAAUUCGCGCGAAAUCUAACAUAGCUUUUAUUAUAAGUGAUCAGCCAUAAGCUUGAAAGCUGGAGAUGACGAAAGGGAUUGGACGGGAAAAUCAGAACGAAGGAGCACCCUAGAGUUAAACUUUAUUCACCUUACAAUUUGCGUAUAGGGGUUGAAAUGCGUAAAUGAACAGCAACUUAUGAAGUGGAAUGGAUCGCGACAAUAAAUCAAAAUGUCAUUCCCCCGGCGGUCAAAAGGGGGAAAAGGGGGGGUUAGAAGUAUGGCAAGUUGGUUGUGCCGACUUACAGUUGAGGAAUUUUAAACGUCUGUUGUGGCGUCGGCAUCGGUAAACAGAUUAUUUAUCUUGACCCAACUGUGAGAAACACAGCGACCUCGGUGAGAUCCGAACCCACAACAGCAAAGAAAAGGCUUAAUUACAGCCAACACUCUAGCCACUUGGGCUAUGAGUUCCGGUCGAGAACCGUAAGUUUGUUCACGCAGCCUACUGCAACGUAUGUAAGCUACCAAAUCGGCUAUAGUAAGCAGACUACCCGAGCAGGAUUUUCUGAGUUAACCAUCUAGCAAACGCUAGAUGACUAAUAGGCCCUCGUAGUCAAAUGUUGUUUAUGCAGUCUGGUUAAAGGACAUUAUUCAAAAUCUGCCAAAACAUCUAGUAAAAGGGUCAUUAUUAUCGCCAUCACUGCCGUUGUUAUCGUUGUUUAACUAUCGUUUCCAUAUUAGGUACAUAGACGGAUACUUCAACAUUCUACCUGUCAUGAGAAUCGAAUUCACCCUUGUGUGUCAUCACGAAAAAGUGGAGUGGGGGCUUCGAGCAAGAGUAUGGGUGUUUCCAGAUGAAAAUUUAAAAAAUCGAUUUCCCCUAUGUCAUAAGUGAGCCGUAGACGAGGAUAUCGACUAACUGUCCCUAGUGUUUGACAGGAGCUAUUGCAAACCACGAGUAGCACAUCCGGCACGAAUCCAAGGGGUAGCAGCAAACAUUCCCAAACUGAGAGGUGACCCAGUAGGGGCUCUGACGUUUUAAGGCAAAGAGCGACCGCUGUUCGACUAGAGAGAGAGAGAAAGCAUUCGCCCCGGAUAAAUACAUUAUUUCGACGGCUCACAGCGUUUUGGACUUUGCUUUAGAAUGAUGUUUUCUGCUACUUUAUUUCGCUUGCUGAGGAAAUUAGGUGCUCUCGUUUUCCGCGACCCUGUUGUAUUGUAAGACAUGAGAUGUACUAUCUCAUCAAAUGGUAACCGAAAUGUUGAAAUAUUUAUUUGAUUCAAAAGGACUACUUAAGCAGGGUUGCAAUGUUAAUUGUCGUACAGCACAGUUCUAGGAUACUUCAGACAGGUCAGGACGACGUUCCUGAAUGAGCAUCUUUUCGGCCGUCUGCAAAAACUACACUCUGAAAGAAUGACCAUCUAAGUAAUAUGAAUUUUUUAUAUUGAUAUUGGGUGCCCUAUGAAUUCAUAUAUGUUUUAAAGAAAACGCGCGCAAAAAUAUUCUUUUUUUCUAUUCAUUUGAUAGAAAGUUACGUAGUCUUCAGAGUUUAUGCUUGAAAGAGUGUCUUUUGGUUUUUGGAAAGUUUUUUAAUGUGAAUUUUUAAGACCACGAAAUAUCCAACCAUACACCAUCGCAGCAGUACGUAACUUAAUGUUGCUCAUAAAGUUGACAACAUGGUCUGCAUCAAUUACGGAAUUUUAUGAGUGUUGUAUGACGUCUUCCCCAUAGCGCACAGAAAUGUACGAUUUUCCCUACCCGGAAAAUGUGAAGCUAGUAGUUUGGAAACCCUAAAUUCAACUGUUACGGUCGAUCUUGUCCUAAAUUAUUUCGGAAUUGGAAAAGUUCUUAGACCGAGGGGUAGCUAAUCAGCGAGUGUAAAGUUCGAAGAAGGCUUCUUUAGCUACCAAAUGAAUAAAAUAAACAAAAGUUUUGCCCAUGUUUGUCCUACAAAAUAUAUUAAAAUUUAUAAGGGCAUCGAAAUACUACGAGAAAAUUGCAUACUAUUUAAGUGGUCACUUUUUAGAGAGUGUAGUUUAUGCAGAGAGUCAACAAAAAGCUCGUUCGAAAGCUGCCGUCCUGACGGGACCGACAUAUGUUGGGAUAAUGUUACAUGACAAUUAAAAUGACAACGCCACUUAGGUAAUCUUCCUGAACUGAGAUCACACUUCAUGAGAUAGCAUAUCUGGUGUACGUCCACAAUUAUUCUUUACUUUUUAGGAGUACCAAAACACUUGUUUUUCCGACAAGGAGGAGGAACCGCUUCUGGAGAUCUCGUUUUCACCGGAGUUACUCAAACAACCGACGGCUCUAAAGGGAGUUCUAAAUGGAAUUACAAUCGAGCAGUUGGAGGACUCAUUGGACAGAGUCCGGCGAAUUGUGGGACACUUUAGAAGACGUGAAAAGUGGGCCCAGGUACGUGGGAGUUGUAAAGAAACACGAAACACCUGUAACAGAGCUCGAGCACUCUUAGAAGACGUUAGAAAAUGCGAAGGUUUUAAUUACCUUCGCAAAUGGAUCAUUUUCGUGAGGAAAACACUUUAGUCGGAGUUUGUGGACUAAAUCUGUUUCCGGUGUAUUUCCGCACACAUCAUAAAAAUGCCUGUUUAGCCACUGUGUCUCACCGGUGUAAAGCACUGACGGCAACAUCGGCGCUUUCGAUGUUGAAUAAUGAAAUUAAUUCAUAGGAGUUUAGCGUUUAACGUCCUAACUGGAAUAUGAACACUUCUCUCGCUUUUACCCCCGAAAAUUACGAACAGGCAGCAGUGAAAACUAAUGACAGAUGAAGAAAUCGAAGAGUAGCUGAAAGAGCAGUCAUGUCAACUUGAAGAAGUAGACAACUUCAAUUGCAUAUGGACGGAGCUGUGAUCGGAACGACCGAGUUGUCUCCCGAAUCGAUGGUGCACGCAGGGUUUUUUGCAGUCUUAAGAAGGUGUUUAUAGACCUGACGCACUAUAUACAUCACUCAAGGAUCCGAUUGUAGCAGACCUCCGUCCAGAGACUUAUCCUGUGCGGUUGUGAAUGCUAGGCUGUGCGCGUAGAAGAUGAGCGACAACUGGAGUUGUUUAACAACUGCUGCCUGAGAACUAUCCUUUGAGUGAGGUACACUGACUUGCUUUCAAGUAAUACAGUCCGCGGCCAGAUGUGGUUAUGCAGCCACACCUGAGUUAAGUAAACCCCGGCCACCUCUAAUACGGGACCGGUGGUAAUAGGGGGCUUUUACAGGUGGGACCGGGGAAGGCACAGGCGACGAGGUCAAGUAGUUGUAUGCAAAAGAAAAACUACUGGGAAUGCGCGGUUGUAAUUUGGGAGGUUAAAAAAUAGUUGCCCUAACCCCUUGCCGUAACCCCUCACCCUAACCCCUAACCCCAACCUCAACAGUAUCGUGUCUAUCAGGUGGGGCUACAUAACCACAUCUUACCCAGUCUGCACUCGCUGUAACAACAUGGUGAAGAUAUCUCCGCUCGUUCAAAAAGACGGCUGAGGUGGCUUGGUCGCGCUCUUCGUCGACGCCCCGCGAACUCAGUUGCCCUCGAUCCGGCGCUGUUGCCCGUCGGAGGGCGUUAAAGAGGAGGUCAGCUCAAAAGCGGUCUUGAUACAGUUCGCUAAGACAUGGGGGUGGUUCUUGGACCUUUGAUAUUUGGUUGCCGUCGUUGGAGGACAGACCGAGCGCAGCAAAUAUCGUGCAUAGCGAUACAGUUCGCGACAAAAUUUUGUGAAACAUGACCAUGACUGCACCAAGUGCAAGCACAAUUCUCUACCAUCGGCGGUAUAUUCAUCUAUCAAUUAUGCAAAGGUUGUAAGCUUAGGUGUGCCAAUGCAAUUGGAGACGAGCUGUUAUUUCAGCUGGCUGGCUGUUGUUGGUUUAGACAAAAUUCCGAAGACAUAGUGCCACCAAACACAGUCUGAUCGAAACAAAUGCGAUUCUUCUUAGGUUUGUUGGAAAGAGCCCACGCGCGUUAUCCGUGCAGCCCCCCUCUUAGUUAACUUGCCUAACUACAGAGUAGGGAAAAAGGCUCAUAAGGUAUGCGUUCAUUCAGUAAAAAAUCCUCAGUGACUUAGAAGCCGACCAAGAUGCAUCGUGCAAAACAUCUAGGUAUAAAUUUGGCGGUCGUCGAUUUAGGGAGGGAGUAAAAAGGGGUUGUUAAAUGUAGUACUAAGCUUAUCAGAGUUAAUAGUUUUUUUGAGAUUAGCGAGAAUUUCGAAAACACGAAACUACGUGUCAAAUUAAUAAGCGUAGUUUGUGGAAGUAGAACUAGUGGGCUAUCUCAUGAAAUGUUGACCGAAAUUCCGAAAUAUGCUUGCGAUUAGAAAGAAUAGGCCACGAAUAGGCCUUUGAUAAGUUAGGGAACCUUUUCUUAUGCGUUCCCUUCCAUACAAGAGCCUUGCCAAAGUGUUUCGCAGACGAGUGUCCACGUCUUUCGUCCUUGCUGGGGGGUGAAGUUGGAGUUCAAAUUAAGGCAUUCCACUCGUUCACUCACACACGCCCGACAAUGGUUUUGCAGCAAACGGAAAUUCCUUCUUCUAUUUGUUGUAGAAACGUUUGCGCCAACUUGCUUUAUUCUAUGAUUACAGUUGUAUUGCCAAACAAAUAUAGGAAUGUUUCUCAAGCAACUAAUACAGUACCUGUUGCCUUUAUAAAUUGCUGACUAGCAGAAAAAAAAACAAUAUGUGGUCGAACGAACGCCCGCUCCGACCGAUAGCCGCAGUAAUGCUUUUUGUACAUGUUACUUAUGAAAUAUUGGUUACUACAUUCCGAAACGGACGCCAGUAGAGUACAUUUGUAGUUGUAUAUUUUGUUGACAGAGACCCUGAACUAAGCUCAUAAGACUGUCAUUUACUCACUUCUCAAUCACCAACUUCUAUCGGUAGAACUAAAACCAACAAAUUUUAACAGUGUUGACAAGGAAAAUGUCGGGAUAGACUGACAGGGUGAGUUCGAUGUUACCGAAACAUCGUUGACCACCGUUAAAGAAUUUCAAACUGCAAGACCCAGGAAGGAUAAGUGGAGAUAUCACGAAAAAUUAACGACCUCGUCUUUCCAACCACAUCAACCAAGCUAAACGACGGCAAGUCUUCCGUGUGCCUGAAGCUUGGAAGGACCUGUCCUAUAUCCCCUGUCGGAUGCACUGUAUCAAAGGAGGAAGAGAGUCCACUUCGCCUAGAAAGUGGCGUCAACCGACCUGACUUUAUUGUAGUACGAUAACAUCCGUCCCUGAGUCCCAGAAAUCAGGCAAUCUCAGAGACGUUAGUGUUUGCUUUUUUCGUCUGCUCGGAGGCAGGCUUAGGUUCGACGUUGGCAAUAGCCAGUUUGAAUUUUUUUUACACAUAAUGAUCUGACGGUUCAAAGAUGUUGGCUGUCCUUUCAGUCCCCCUGUGUAUCGUGCUCUUCUUAUUCCUGCCCGCCAUCUCUGUUUAUAAGAUUGGAAUGGCAAAUCUCAGCAUCAACCCCAGACGUACUGCCUAUGCCUGUUUGAACGUCUUUGAUGAUUAUAUCGGAACGCCACCUCCAUUAUGCAUUCCAUUCUGUUGCCAUUUAGGUCCGGUCUGAAUGGAAAUACGUAGCCUUCGUCAUUGACCGCCUGCUUCUGUGGAUUUUCGGUGGAACGCUACUUAUCGGUUAGUUUCACCACCGUUGCUCCGUCACCUCUGAAUCAUGUUCUCUGACUAAUCGAUUUUAAUAGGGAAAACGGGAUAAUCUACCCCGCAUGUCAGGCCUAGGUGACUAUCGAUCGAUUCCCGCGGUUGGCAUAGUUGACUGCUUAGUUUAAAGUUUAGGCCGAGAAAGCAUGGGACCCAUCUUGCUGUCAAAAAAUUCCAAUCGAAAUUUCUACCCAAGCGAUUUUUAAACUACUAAGUGGUGUUUAUAAUCCUUUUGCCAUGGGGACGUUUGGAGAACACUGAACCGGUAAGGCAACGUCCAAUCCAGGUCUAACAGACUUACUUGUCUACAGACCCAAUUUCAUAAACCUAGAAUAGAUAAAAAACGUCCUUCUCUGUAUGAAACGCGAUGCUUUUUUAAAAAAGGCUGGAUUUGUUGAAGUAAACAAAUGUGAGAACAUUUCUAAGACCGCCUCCCGUCGCCACAUAGUAUAAGAAGCAAAUGAGAGGUGGGUGGAACUUUUAAUGAAUCCAGAAGGUCAAUAAGAAGAAAUGGCAACGUCAAAGUUCGAAAGUCUGCCUAAUCAAUGAAAACGUGCAGGAGAGGAAGAGGAAAGAGAGGGUUGCAGUUAGUUUUCUCAGGGAACAAGAAGAGGUUUCAGCUAGCGAACGAGAACAUAUAACAGCGAAGCCAGCUUAACAGGAACGUAAAUCCGCGCACCCUUCCUCGAGUUCUCCGGUCAGUUGGCUGACCCUGGGCACCUUUAUUCCUCUGCGAACCACGUUUUAUCUCUCAAAGACUCGUUCGUCCUUUUACCAGACACCCUCCCCUGGUGAGCCUGGGUCAUUUUGUCCAGGAGGACGUUCAAAUCAUGCCUUCCAUCUGCUAUUGCAAAAAUGUCAUCAACACAUCGAGCAUAGGAAUAAAUAUCCUUUGUAAUUGGAAGAACUGUUUUUUUUCUGCAGUUUUACCAUGAAGACAUCAGUUAGUAGAAGUUCAUGAGUUUACUCUAUCGUUAUGUUGUCGAUCUGGUGGAAAAAUUGGCCAUCAUAUAUGAGUUGAACAUUUAACGUGCAGCGAAAGAACAGUUGCUUUCGGUCUCCGAGCGGAAUGCCGAUUGGGAAAUCUUGUCUUACAAUCUCAUCAUGUUAAUAUUCACUCGUUUCCGUGAGAGGAAGAUUAAUGAACAAAAACGCAAUAUCUGAGAGCAACAUUGUUUCCUCACUGCAAUUUGCUUUAUUUAUACCUUCAUGUUGAGGUGAUUGAAUAUCAGAGCGGGCUAGCGACUGUCCUGCGGGGCGUAAAUCGCAUCUUCUCCCAGGACGUCCGUGAGGAUCAGUGCGAUCCGUGUUCUUUACUCUUUAUUCCACUUAUAUGACCAAUUAGCCUUGUUAAGCUGAUAAAAUCGUACGAGUCCAGCUAUUUUUCCAAGUGUCGUUACCUCACAGGCACACAUGGUUUCUAUUUUAGGAAUGUUGAGCAUAUUCCUGCAGUCCCUUACGCUCUUUUCUUCGGAACAACCUCUCUCAGCGGCAACCGUUCCUCCAGCCGACAGAAUCAAUGUCACGCGACUGUCCUGCGAGACGAAGAAUGUUUAG